AUACAAGUUCAGCAAAUAAUCUAGAUCCGAACGCUCAGGUUUACAGCUUUAAUUUGGACGAUUUAUCUUGCAGCUUUCUGAAUAUGUCGUUUAAGUGACAUGUAACCCCAUGCAAUACAAUAUCUACAAUCUUUAUGGUUUGUAGGAAAGGUAAGUGGAAGGAGAGAGUCCUGACUCCCCCCCAUCCUCCCCGCCCAUUCCAUCAUCCGUAGAGCAUCUUUCAUGCGUCUCCCUGGGCUUGACUCCCACGUCAGGAUGAACUGUGAGCAGGAUUUUGGAGAUGGAGGCAUGAACGUCACUCUAACGCUCCGACUGCUCAUGCAUGGCAAGGAGGUUGGCAGCAUCAUAGGCAAGAAAGGAGAGACUGUGAAAAGGAUACGAGAGGAGAGCAGUGCACGCAUCAAUAUCUCAGAAGGCUCGUGCCCAGAGAGAAUCAUCACCAUCACGGGCGCCACAGAGUGUGUGUUUAGAGCCUUCACUAUGAUCACAAUCAAACUGGAGGAGGAUUUGGCUGCUCUUGUGGCGAACGGCACAGUCACUAGUAAGCCUCCAGUCACGCUGCGAUUGGUUAUACCGGCUAGCCAGUGUGGUUCUCUCAUCGGCAAGGGCGGCUCCAAAAUCAAAGAGAUCAGAGAGAAAACAGGGGCUCAGGUACAGGUGGCAGGAGAUCUGCUCCCUAACUCCACAGAGAGAGGAGUGACGAUAUCUGGCAGCCAGGAUGCCAUCAUACAGUGUGUCAAACUCAUCUGCACUGUAAUACUGGAGUCCCCUCCAAAGGGUGCUACAAUUCCAUACCGCCCAAGUCCUGCUCCAGGAACAGUUCUUCUAGCUGGAAAUCAGGUUUUCGAAACAUCCGAGUUUGCGUCUCACCCACUUUUCUCAGUGGCUCAGGGAGGGCUGGAUCUGCAACAAGCAUAUACUGUACAAAACCAAUAUGGCAUUCCACACUCAGAGUUGGCCAAGUUGCAUCAAUUGUCCAUGCAGCAGGGUCUUGCUCCCAUGGCGCAGCCCACGGCCACCCCAGUCCUGCCUGGCAUGGAGUCCAGUUCCCAGACAGCAUCGCAAGAACUUCUCAUUCCAAAUGAUCUGAUUGGUUCAAUAAUCGGCAGGCAGGGUACAAAAAUCAAUGAGAUCCGUCAAGUAUCAGGAGCUCAGAUAAAGAUCGGAAGUCAACUGGACAGCACCAGUGACCGACACGUCACCAUCACAGGCUCCCCAAUCAGCAUCAACCUGGCCCAGUAUCUAAUCACAUCCUGUUUAGAGACCGCCAAAUCCACUGCCCAGUCCUCCUCCAUGUCGACCCCUGUAGACCUCAACAUGAGCUUCACCCAGACUGCUUCCCCCGCAUCGUCCUCUGCCGCAGCCCUGGCAGCGAUGGGCGGCCUGCCCCAUGCUCCUAUCUUGGGCACCCCCUAUACCCUCCCCCUCUCCAGCCUCCUGGGAAUCAAAUCCAUCCCCUUCCUGGCACUCUCAGCCCCUGCCGCUGCACCUGCCCAGGGCACCUUGGCUUCCUACACCGCCAAGAUCUCCAACGCCAACGGCAUCAAGAAACCCGAGCGACAGAAGUUUGCGCCCUACUGAUGCUUGUCAGGAGGAACCACCAAGAACCUCCUUUGUUCCUGAGACAAGAACCAGAGAGGAACAGUUUCAGGGUUCAUCUCUUCUAGCCUGAUGUAGCCGUCUAGACUGACUGUACCAAUUUGUUUUCUUCACUGCAAAAAAAAAAAAAAAAAAAUAUUUUCUUCAACAGUAUUUUUGUCUUGUUUUCCAGUAAUAAUGUCUGAACUUACUUAAUACAAGAUAAAUUGACUUCUUUAAUGUCCAAAAUUGUGUAAUAUAAUCAUACGUUUGAAUUGCUUUUGUCACCUUUUUUCUUGUUUUAAGCAUAAACCUCACAAAAUUUUGCUAGAUUUAUGCUUAAACCAAGAAACAAAUUUGCCAAUGGGGAAAUCAUGUUUGUCAAAAACUUAAUUCGAAGUAUAUUCUUGGUAAAGAAGUCUUAUUAUCUUACACAGUUUUGCUUAUCAAGUAAACUGUUUUAAGGAUGUUUCGACAUUUUUACUGUAAAACAAUACAAAAAUACUGAUUAAGAAAGUAAUUUUUGCAGUGUUUUUGGUUUCGUAGCUUGUCCUGAAAAAUCAUAGGAAAACAAUGGCAUAAUUCGUUUUAUUUAUGUUGUUUUUUUGGCUGAGGUAGCCGCUAAAGCCAUAGACUAUUCCUAAUCUCCUAUUUUCCUGAAAUCUUUACACACGUUUAAUGUCUGCUGUUAUUUAUUGAUAACGACUAAAUAUUCCCGCAGAAGAGUUUCUAACGUAGAACACUGUUGACUGAUGCUAAUCUCUUAUGUAUCAGCUUUUCUACAAUGAUGUCUGUGAAUGCUUCUGUAUACAACUUCCUGAUUUUUUUUUUAGGAAUCUUUAAACGAUGUAUUAAAUCAAAAAUAUCAAAAAAAUAAAUAAAUAAAUAAAAAAAAUGAAAAUGUUUUUAAAAUGACAACAGAUCUAAACCUUGCUUUUGUGUUACUUUCUUUUCUUUUCUUUUUUUUUUCAUUUUGUUCACAUUAGUUUUAAAAUGUUAUUUAUUUUAUUUAUUGUGCGGAGUGUUUCUUUAAUGGUCAAUGUUUGUUUUCUGUAACGAAAAAAAGAAAAAUCUUUGAAUUUCUUCCAUUUGAUCAUGGUUACACACGUCCUUACAAAGACACACAUCUGAGGAACCAAGAACAAAUUUUACUAUAGUUUAAAUAUAAUUAUAUCUACAAGUUAUUUCUGUGUUUCUUUACUGUUGUAUGGAACAUAACAAAAAAUACAGUUUAAACCUGUAAAUCUGUAUUUUUGUCAUGUUUUCCACUAAAAACAAGCUAAAUUAACUUGAGAAUCAAAAUGUUGUUAAAUAACAAGAAUUAUGUUCAGAGAAUAUAUUCUCAACUUUAUUUUUUAUUACCGCAUUAGCAAUUUUUUGUUUGUUUGUUUAUUUGUUUUAAACAUACCUGUGUUAAAAUAAAAUAAAAUAAAAAUUACCAAUGAGGUAAGAAAAAUACUUAAUUCAAGAUAUAUUCUCAAAACAAGUUCUAAUACCUUGCAUCUUUAACUUGUUUUAAGGAUGUUUUACUGGAAAUUUGACUGGAAAACAAUACAAAAAUACUAAGAAAUGUUUUUUGCAGUGAAAGUGUAUUGUGCCACGGUGAAGUCUGGUAUAAUUUAAGUGUCCAAAUACUGAAUGUGCUACAGCUAGCUACUUCAUUUCAAAACUUGGCUGGCAAUGGCCAAGCUUGGAAAGUAACAUUCAUGUCAGGGGUUUUCCUUCACCAUUUCUGAUGGCAUAAAAUGACUACUAUGCAUGGUGACUGCCCUAGUCGGAAACUAAUGCUGCAUGUUGACUUGUCCCCUUACUCGCACACACUACAGUAGCAGACAAAUAACAGAGUAGGUCUGUUUGGUGAUGGCUUUUGAAAUACACAGUGUUGCAGAAGAGCAAUAUUGGUUUGAGAAUGCUAAAACAUUCAUACAUUGCAGACCUACACAUAAACAUGCUUCAAGUGUAGUUAUAGUAACCAUAAUUAUCCUCGAUCACAAGAGUAUAUGAUGUGGACUUCCUAUGCUUUGUUUUCUUUUUGAAAUAAAUAUAGAAAUAUCACACUUAUUUUUCUAAACCUAGAGUCCUAAACUUUAAUGUGACCACUCACACCAACUCAUUCAUUUGGUAGAUGUUGUGUAACCUUGAUUCAUGUUUGUCAUUUUUAUCUUUAUCGUUACUGUAUUUAUAUAUUUUUUUUGUUUAGAUAUUUUUUUCUCAAACGUCUCUCCCAUACUCAUUUGCAUGAAUUUAAAUUGCCGUCUAUGCAAAACAUCUUGGGGGUUGUUUCUGUGAUUAUCCUGUGUCGUGCAUUACAGGUGGCCCUAUUUAAACCAUCUUUGAGAAACGGCUAUUGGCAAAGAAGGAACCCAAGGCAAGGACAACAAUGCUCUCAAAUUUAUGAACCACACCAUGUAUAAUAUAUAUAUAUACAUACCUAUAUGUGAUGUAUUAUAUCCAUAUUUCCCAUUCCAUAGCCUAACACAUAACCACCCUUUCACACCCUAUAUGAAAUUACACAGUGUGGCAAUGAAAUGCAUUGUGGCACUUCACAGUGAUAAUUCCAUGAUAGUCUUCGACUAGAAAGGUUUUGAAAACUGUUCAGAUUCUUGAAUUAUCUGAGGUCUGUUGUUUGGAUUUGUUGUUUGGAGUUUUUUUCGUUUGUCAGCCUUGGCAUAAAUGCAACUGUUUUAGUUCCAUUCAUCUAUGCCAUACAAAUGAAUUAAAACAAUACUAUAUUAAUGUAAUCCUGCCUCUUUUUUUUCCACUAUGUGAAAUAAAUGUUGACUUUUGA